AAAGUAACUGGACAAAAGCAACAUGAUCGCCACAAUAUGAAUACCUCGGAAUGAUCUCAAACAGGAGCUCGGCUCGCACUGAUUUCCCAUCAACAUACAGGAAGGCGCGUUUAUUUUUUUACAUUUAAAUGACUGGCAUUAGCGCACAGGACAGCGCAACUGUUUAGCUGCCCGCUUUAUAUUUUAUUUGUACUGCUGCAUGGAACUCUUAUUCUGGGAAGGUGAAAGUGUUUGUGUGGAUAAAACAAACUCCGUGAAGCUCAGUGUCUUGCUCCAAAGGGACAUCGGAAUAUGCGCUCUGCGCUGUUACUAAAACUGCUACAUCUUCUAAACUUGUCUUCGGGACAUUGAGGGCAAGGAAAAUGAGCAAAAGCCUGCGAAAAACUGCAGCUGUGACAGAGAGGAAUGAUGUGACAGCUAGCCUUAAACAUUUGUGGUUUGUUCCUUCGGCAUAUUAAGCUUUGGCUCCCAGUCAGCACGCUCGCCCGACAGUCCCCACCAUGGCCUCAGCUUGCACACUCUUGCUGGCGUUGAUUGUUUCAAUGGGACUGCCUGAAGCAGGAUUUUCUUGUCCUCGCCCAUGUGCCUGUUACCUGCCAACAGAAGUUCACUGCACUUUCAGGUCUUUGAUAACAGUGCCUGCCAAAAUUCCCAAACAUGUGGAAAGAAUCAAUUUAGGGUUUAACACCAUUAACUCAGUAACAGAAAGUUCCUUGGCUGGACUUAGAAAACUGGAACUACUAAUGAUCCAUGGGAAUGACAUCCAUAACCUACCUGAUGCUGUAUUCAAGGAUUUGAUAUCUUUACAGGUAUUAAAAAUGAGUUAUAACAAACUAAAAGUUAUAACUGGACAGACUUUUCAGGGACUCUCCAGUCUGAUGAGACUGCAUGUUGAUCACAACAAGAUCGAGUUUAUUCACCCGGAUGCUUUUAAUGGCUUGACUUCUCUGCGACUGGUCCAUCUAGAGGGCAACCAAAUUCAGCAGCUCCACCCCAGCACAUUUGCCACCUUUUCUUUCCUUCAACAUUUUAAAAUAUCAACUGUGAAGCACCUGUACCUGUCUGAAAAUGCUCUAAGAACACUCCCAGGAGACAUGUUUAAGACGAUGCCUUUAUUGGAAAAUGCGUAUCUUCAUGGAAAUCCUUGGAUAUGUGACUGCAGACUGAAGGGUUUUCUGGAUUGGAAUAAAACAACCCCAGGAGUGUGGGUGAAAUGCAAAAAGGAUAAAGCUUACGAGGAAGGCCAACUGUGUCCUAUGUGCACCAGUCCUAGGCAGCUAGCUAAGAAAGAGCUCUUACAAUUAGAAAAUCUCUCCUGCACAAGACCAGUUAUUCAGGCAGCACUGAAGAUGAACCAAAGCUCCUCAGAGGAAGAUGUGACCAGUGAAUACUUUCCUACAGAGCAAUAUUAUGAAACUUUUGGAAAUAUAACACUCAAUAUGACGGAUGAGCAUGACAACAGUGUGGAUUUGAACUGCCAUAUCAAAGCACCAAGAGAUUCAACCAGAUUUGAUUUUGACCAUCUCAAUGCCCAACAGAUCGCCAUCAAUAUGACUCUUUCAGUUGAUGUUGAGUGCCCAAUAGGCCGUGAACAUUAUGAAAAGUUGUGGAAGCUAAUUGCAUACUAUAGUGAAGUACCUGUCCAUCUUGCAAGAGAAAUUAUGCUGAGAAAAGAACCUACGUUAAGUUAUAGAUACAGACAAGAUAGUGGAAAGGACUCCUAUUAUUAUACAGGUGUAAGAGCCAAUGUGCAUUCCCAGCCAUCUUGGCUAAUGCAGUCUUCUCUAAGUAUACAACUGGACAGAUUGCAGUCUACAGCCAAUCAUGUGCUCUUAAUACUAACCACAAAUUUUAACCAAAUAUUGGAUACCGAAAUUUCCAGAAGACAGAAAAGCAAAUGGGUCAUGAUCGAGUCAAAAGCCGACGCCAAAAAUGCAGUGGUCGUAAUGGCCGGAAGUCUGUGUCAAAUAGACUGCAAUGUGCAGAGCUCAGGAGAUCCACAAAUUAAAUGGGUUUUACCAGACGGUACAAAAGUGGAGGCAUCACAUCACAGCCAGAAUAACAGAGUUUCAGUUUCUAGCAGCGGUAAGCUGGUCAUCAAAGCAGCAGACCAUGCAGAUUCUGGGGUAUACUACUGUGUAGCACAAGUUAAAGGAGACAUAGACAUAAUGGCCUUUUGGAUUUCUGUGCAGGCAAUGACAAUCCAUUCCUCUGGGGAAGGGAGCAGUUCUCUCAUAAAAAAUGCUGGUGAGCCGAUUUCAUUGCCAUGCAGUGCUGUUGCUGUACCUGAUGCACAAGUCAACUGGAUUCUCCCAAGUAAUAAUGUUGUAAAUAGCCUCUCGAAUACGACUAGAGCGUAUGUGUUGCAAAAUGGCACGCUAUUUAUAGAGCACAGCAGGGUUAGUGACAGUGGAUAUUACAAAUGUAUAGCUGUAAACCAGUAUGGGGCAGAUUCCUUCUCUUCAAAAAUAACAGUCACAAGGCCUCCAUUGACACAGACCAUCCGAAAAAUUCCAAAGAAACCACAGUCAGUGUCUGGUGCAUCUACCAAAAUUAGAAACAGGGUAGCUGAUUAUGAGGAGGCUUCAGGGGAUGGUGUUGAAGAGAUCCAGAAAAAGCAGUCACCUAGAAUUUCUUCAGGCAAUCAAAGUGAAGGUCACAAGAGCAACACGCCAGAAUCAUCAAGACCACCAAGAAGACGAGUACAUAAGAACAGGCUGCAAGGUCCUAAUAGAGAUCGCAAAACUAAUAAAGGGAAAACAACUUUUGAAUCCAGAAGAAGAGUAAAUGUAUCAAAUAAAAAAAUUGAUCCACAGCAGUGGGCAGAUAUUCUGGCAAAGAUACGCGAAAAAACGUUACUGAAGACAACGGCUCCUCCUCCAGAGGAAAGCCUGCCUACGCAAACAACACCGUCUAAGCAUGCGACCACAACUCUGUCCUCAGAGUCAGAACACACAGAUAAUACUGAUGAAUUUGCCUCGGGUGAAAAUCAUGCUGAUAAUGUGGAAUUAUUUUCCGUAUCAACACCUCAGUCUUAUAUUAAACAUAAUGAAAUUGAUUUUGUGACAGAAACAAUGACGACAACUUCCUGGGCACACAGUUUUCUGGGCACAACAAAUACAAAACCAACUCCCACAAUGAUACACAUUAAAACACUGGAAUCAGGAGCUAAGGCGUUGAUUCAAACUGAGGGAAAGACUCCAACACCUUAUUCAAAAUCCCCUAGUGCAACUCACAUGGUGACCUUACAAAAUCAAACAUUGUCAAUAAACCUUACAAAAAUAAAAUCAAGCAUACAAGUAGGAUGGGAUACAACAAGUACUACUGUUACUACACAACCUGUUAUAACAAAUUCUGGGUCAUUAUCAGAAAGACAACAAGAAAAAUCUGUUAAAAAGCAAUCCACCAUACCAGACUAUGCUACCUCAAAGCCAUUUUUCAAUGAUAUAGUCAGUUCUCUAACAGAUAGUACAGAAUAUCUCCAUCCAGUUUCAGCAACAGAAGCAUCUCAUCUACAUUUUCCAACAACUCAUUCCACCACAGCAAACCCUACAACACAUCCUUUAAGGGAAUUUUCACCAGAACAGCAACAGGUGUCGAAAAAUCCUGCAAAAUUUGGUGACGCCAUCUUAAAUGUAAAGCAAGCUACAAUAACCUCUAGAAAUCAAGUGGCAACAAAGCAGCUGUCACCAUUCCAAAUUUCUUUUACUCCUUUCCCAAACCAAGUGACAAAAGAUCGCUCCAUCAUUACAACCACAGCAGCUUCUACUUCACAGAUGCAAGUAAAAUAUCUUCCUACAAAGAUAACUGUUAAAGAUGACGAGGUACAAAAACCACUAAAAGUGUUUACAAAUUCAAGUACUGUGAAUGAAACCAAUGGUACCGGGCAACUAGGGGGUAUCAGUAAAUAUCACAGUACAGAUGUGCCAAUGUCUGUGAAGCUUUCAACACAAUCACCUUUCCCAUUUGUAAAUAUGUGGUCUCAGGGUUCUAAAUCAAAUAGAACUUCAACCAGCAGAGAAAGCUCCACAGUGAAAAUGGCAGUAGUGAAUACUCCACGAAAAAAUGAGUUAAGCUCCACUAUGAAAACAACAACAACUUCUUCUUCACAAUUCCAUCAAAAUGUAUCCCUACAAAACAACAAUAAACAUUCUAAUGCUAUUCAGAACGGCUUGGUUUGGAACUCAAGGACUCCUACUUCGAAUUUCAUUCCUAAUAAGCAUGGCCUAAACCCAAGAGUGCCAAGCAUAUUUCAGAGAUUCCCAUAUUACCAUAAUGGAAGAAACCCUUUCUUGAGGCCUAAUCCAGACCUAUUUAGAACACCAGUCAGGACCAAUCCUCCUACAACUACAACCACAGUGAAACCCAUAAAACCGAGCACUUCUUUCAAAAAGGAGAAGGUCACAACUCCAAAGCUACCUACUGUGAAAAUGACACAGUCUUCCACAACAACACCAGCAUUAAGUAUCAGAGCUCCUCAAACAUCUUCAACUACCAUGAAUCCAAAGACUACCGCCUUAUACACACAGUGGAAUGGUGUCUUCAACUACAGACCUCUUCAUCCCCAUUUCAUUCCAAGUAAGGAAAGGACUAUGCAGCGACCGUCUCAUAUUCCUCAUCCUUCAACUGAUAUUCGAGUUCCUCAUCUGGGCCCCAAAAUCACCACAACGAAUGUUCAUACUGUGACUGUCCAUGCAGAAAUGGAUGCCAUUUUACCCUGUGAAACUACUGGAGAACCUAAGCCAUUCCUUUCAUGGACUAAAGUGUCAACAGGAGCUGUAAUGGCAAUAAAUACAAGGAUACAAAGAUUUGAAGUUCAUGGAAAUGGAAGCUUUAUUAUUCGUAAAGCUCAGCUUCAGGACCGUGGACAGUACCUUUGUACUGUUCAGAACCAAUAUGGCAUGGAUAAAAUGAUCAUCAUGUUAAUGGUGGUGGCUCAGCCCCCAAAAAUGACUGUAUCCCGUUAUCGAGACGUGACAGUAUACCUUGGAGAUACAGCCAAUCUGGAGUGCAGAGCACAAGGCAUUCCGUCUCCCAAACUUUCGUGGAUACUGCCAGACAGGACAAUGCUACACUCAGAAGGCUCAGGAAAGGGAAGAAUAAUAAUGAUGGGAAAUGGAACUUUAAGUGUUACAGCCACCAGCUUCCUAGACAAAGGAAUUUAUAAGUGCAUAGCCAGCAGUGUUGCAGGAGCAGACAGCAUAACAGUCAGGUUGCAUGUUACGGCCUUACCUCCCAUGAUUCAACAGCAAAGAAGUGAAAAUCUUACCUUGGCAGAAGGGCAAAAUAUUUACAUUCACUGUACUGCCAAAGCUGCUCCUCUUCCCAACAUCCGCUGGAUUGUCUUUGAUGGGACCCAGAUCAGACCGUCUCAGUUUAUCAAUGGCAACUUGUUUGUCUUUCCAAAUGGGACCCUCUAUAUUCGCAAUUUAACCCCAAGAAACAAUGGGAAUUAUGAAUGCAUGGCAAGUAAUGCAGUUGGAGCAUCCCGAAGAACAGUUAGCCUGACUGUGAUGAAGAGUGCUUCUACUGCAAAAAUCAUUGCAGCCUCUCCACAAAGAAGUGAAGUCACUUAUGGAGGUACUCUUCAUUUGAACUGCACAGCUUCUGGUGACCCUGGGCCGAGGAUAAUAUGGAGGCUACCCACAAAGAGGCUUAUUGAUGCACAGUACAGCUUUGAUCCCCGGAUUAAAGUUUAUGUCAAUGGUACAUUAGUAGUCCAUAUGGUCACAGAAAAAGAUGAAGGAGACUACUUAUGUGUGGCAAGAAACAAGAUGGGUGAUGACUACAUUUUACUUAAAGUAAAUGUCAUGAUGAAGCCGGCCAAAAUAGAAUACAAACAGCAGACCAACCACAAAGUUACAUACGGUGGCAACCUGAAAGUAGACUGUAUCGCAUCAGGACUGCCCAACCCUGACAUCACGUGGAGUUUACCAGAUGGCACCGUGGUCAACAGUGUCAUGCAAUCUGAUGACAAUGGCUUACGUACCAGGAGAUAUGUGGUGUUUAACAACGGUACCUUGUUCUUCAAUGAAGUAGGAAUGCGGGAGGAAGGAGAUUAUACAUGCCAUGCCGAAAACCGAAUGGGAAAGGAUGAAAUGAAAGUGCAUGUUGUGGUGGUGGCAGACACACCAGUCAUCAGGCAUAAAAAUUACUCGGUUGUGAGUGUUCCAUAUGGAGAAUCAGUUUCGCUGAAAUGUGAGGCAAAGGGUGAACCGAUUCCAAAGAUAACAUGGCAUUCUCCAACUAACAGAAUAAUUUCCUCCUCUUCGGACAAAUAUCAGAUACACAAUGAUGGUACUCUGUUGUUACAAAAAGUGCAGAGGUUCGAUAGUGGAAACUACACCUGUGUUGCAAAAAACACAGCUGGGGAGGACAAAAAGGUCAUUCGUGUGGACGUCCAAGUUAUCUCGCCAUCAAUCAAUGGAAGCAGAAGUGCUGUGAGCAAUAUUAAAGUGAAAGCCAUUAAGGAGCAUCGUAUGUUGUUGGAUUGUAGAGCAGAAGGAAUGCCUAUUCCACGAGUGAUGUGGGUCUUGCCAGAAAAUGUCGUUUUGCCUGCUCCAUAUUAUGGAAGCCGAUUCACAGUGCACCGGAAUGGAACUCUAGACAUAAAAUCCCUGAAAAAGACAGAUUCAGUCCAGCUAGUCUGCAUUGCCCGUAAUGAAGGAGGAGAAGCAAGGCUUAUAGUUCAUCUGGAUGUUAUAGAAGAUUUACAGGCACCCAUACUAAAGAACCCUUUAAAAGAGAUUUUGUCUCUAACUGCUGGGUCAAACUUGCAAAUAAAUUGUUCUGCUGAGGGUAAACCAGUGCCAGAUAUUCUAUGGAUCCUUCCCAAUGGAAGCCAUCUUACUAAUGGGAAGCAGCUUUCCAAUAUCUAUCAUGCACAAGAUGGCACUCUUCAUAUUCACCAUUCAUCAGUCACGGAAGCUGGCACCUACCGCUGUGUAGCCAAGAAUACGAUAGGCCAAGCGGAAAGAACGGUUGUGCUUGAAAUCGGCAAAAAGCCAGAAAUUAAUAACCCAUACACAGGUUUGGUGAGCAUAAUCAACGGUGAAAAUUUGUUGCUCAACUGUGCAUCGGUAGGAGACCCACAACCAAAGAUAUUCUGGUCGUUGCCUAAUGGGAUGACUCUAAGCCGACCCCAAACAGCUGGCCGCUACGCAGUUCUUCAGAAUGGCUCGCUAUCCAUUCAUCAGGCAUCUGUCUACGACAGAGGGACCUUUUCCUGCAAGGUUGUCAAUGAAUAUGGAGCCACAUCAAUGAGCGUGGCUGUGAUUGUCAUUGCUUACCCACCAAGGAUUACAAGCAACCCACCUUCAGUAACUUAUGCCAGCCCCGGGAGUGCUGUUCACUUAAACUGUAUGGCCAUAGGCAUCCCAAAACCUGAGGUGACAUGGGAACUGCCGGACAAAACACACCUCAUGGCAUCCGCUCAGCCGCGACUUUUUGGGAACAAAUACCUUCAUCCUCAAGGAUCGUUAAUCAUUCAGAAUCCAUCCCAAAGGGAUGUAGGGUAUUACAAGUGCACUGCUAAAAAUCUUAUAGGAAGCGACUCAAAAUCGACAUACGUACAUGUGUUCUGAUUUGUAAACAUGUCUUUAAAAUAUGCCCGUUGAACUGCUAAUGUUUGUACAGGAGAUACUACUAACUACAAGUAACUUAAAUGGACAAAGCAAUGGAGUCGUAGAGAAUGGAACAGAAAGGCUGAAGAAGUAUGGCAUUUGCAAUAAGCCCUUAAAUUGUGACUUUUAUAUUGGUUAAAAGAAUGAAAUUAAACAUAAAUAUCAGAAAGUGAAAAA